AUGGCUUGCAAGGAAUGCGGCACCGGAACAUCAGCAAUCUAUCAACAAGAUUUCAAAUGCAACAAGUGGUCAUUAAAGCAAUCUGCAACCAACCCAAAUUGGCAUUCUAGGUGUCGUCUGAGAGCUAACAUUCAUGACGAGAGUGGAUCAAUCCAAGCUAGCAUUUUUGGUAGCAUCGCAGAAAAGAUAUUGGGUUUCACUGCAACAGAAGUCGUUGAGAACCCAAAAAAGAUAAAUCUUAAAGAAAUACAUGAGCUGUUAGAAAACAAAACAUUUCUAUUGCAGCUGAGAGGAUAA